AUGAGAAUUGAUCCGCCUGAAUUAACCGACGAAUGUUAUUAUGUGCACCGAGGAAGAAAUAUUUCAAGGAAGCAUGUAAAGGAAUUAUACGAAAAAUAUGACAUCACGUGGCAUAGAAAAGUACUUGAUAUUUGUCGUGGCCUCAUAUGUUCAAUAUCGUUCACCAUGAAUAACGUUUUUAAUAAUACAUUUUCAGCUGUUGAAAAUAAAUGCUCAGAUAGAACAGAGGUUGCAGGAAUUGCAAGAUACCAACAAACUAAUUGUGUAAAUAAAGCAAAACUUUCAGAAUUAUUUAAUAGCAAAGUAGAUUGUUCAAAAUUAUAUAACAAAGUUGAAUAUUUAGAAGCAUCUAUUGGUGAAGUAGAAUAUUUAAGAUUAGGAGAUAAAGCAACAUAUUCAAGAUUAGAAAAUGAAGCAAUAUAUUCAAGAUUAUAUGAUGAAAAUUCUAAGAAUAAGGUAAAAAUUGAAUCAGAUAUUUAUAAUAGUGAAGUAGAAUAUUCAAAAUUAGAAGAA